GUCAAAUAACAUGCCAUAUCAUUUUUAUCCUUGUAAUUAAUGAUCAUCUGUAAAACAAAAAUUGCAACCCACAACACAAAAAAGAGUAAAGUACAAAAGGAGAAAUAGUUCCACAGCUCCAAAACCUCCGUUCCCAAGUCUCUCCAAAAAUGCCUUAGAAGCACAUCUCCCUAUCCCGCCCAAAAUCACCCACCAAGUGCUCGGCAACCGACCACAGACAAUGGACUCGAGCAUUUUGGAAUCAAUCGGAGUUGAAAUUAUUGGAGUAAUGUCACCAGUCUCAAUCUGUAUGCUUCUCGUAGUUCUCAUUGUCUAUUCUCUCUCUCCGUCAAACCCUUUCUCGACGGCUGCUUCGGCUCCGCCGAUCCGUACUGCGGCCAAUCUCGUAUACCUCGAAAACCCAUCUGACUCAACUGCACAGAAGCUUGAAGGAUCGUUACUGAAUGCUCUUGUCUUUGUCAUUCUCAUUGCUGUUGUCACUUUUCUUCUGGUUCUAUUGUAUUACUAUAAUUGUACUCGCUUCUUGAAGAAUUACAUGCGAUUCUCUGCCUUUUUUGUAUUAGGUUCAAUGGGAGGCUCUAUAUUUUUGUCAUUGAUUCAGCAUUUCUCCAUUCCAAUUGAUUCGGUUACCUGCUUUAUUAUGUUAUUUAACUUUACAAUUGUGGGUGUAUUAUCGGUGUUUGGGGGUGGGAUACCGAUAUUUUUUAGGCAAGGAUAUAUGGUGGCAUUAGGGAUAUUUGUGGCAGCUUGGUUUACUAAACUACCAGAGUGGACUACAUGGACUGUGCUGGUUGCAUUGGCAGUUUAUGAUCUUGUGGCAGUUUUGGCACCUGGUGGGCCACUUAAGUUGCUUGUGGAGUUGGCUCAGAGCCGAGAUGAGGAACUCCCAGCAUUGGUUUAUGAGGCUCGGCCAACAGUUUCACAAAAUGGGAAUAAUCAGGGUAGGAGUUUGGACCUUUUGGUUGGUGGAGUUUCAGAUUCGGGGUCCGUGGAGAUGCAAAUGGUAUCAAAUGCCAAUCGGAAUCGAAAUGAGAGUGAAAAUCGUGUGAACUCUGAGUACACAUCCAUUCCAGUUAGGAAUGUUGGGAAUGUUGAGGGUAUCGGGAAUGGAGAUGAUUCAGAGAGGUUCCCAUUGGUUGGUUUCUCUAGGGAAAGGUGCUCAUCAAGCAGGGAAUCAUCAGAGUUUUCAACAAUGGUUGGGAAUCGGGAGUCUGACGUUGCUGUGGAUGAGGAAACUUCUCCUCUUGUUGAUAUGCUGCGAUUGGGGAGUGAGAGAGAGCAGGUAAGGAGGGAUGCUCCUGAAGACUCUAUGCUUGCCAGCAGAGGUAUUAAACUCGGUCUUGGAGAUUUUGUUUUCUACAGUGUUCUUGUGGGCAGGGCUGCAAUGUAUGAUCUCAUGACAGUAUAUGCAUGUUACCUUGCAAUUAUUUCUGGACUUGGCUGCACUCUUAUUUUGUUGUCUGUGUGCCGCCGAGCUCUACCAGCUCUCCCUAUUUCGAUAACAUUAGGUAUCAUCUUUUACUUCCUGACUCGGUUAUUGAUGGAACCUUUUAUUGUUGGGACUGCAACAAAUCUGAUGAUGUUUUGACCUCUAAUUAUUGUGAAAGGCAAGAAGAAAAUCUUUUGCACCACAGAUAGAAAUAUAUAUGCUUUUGGACUCGAAUUAUGUAAACACUGUGGUUAGUAUUACUUCUCAGACAUCUCUCCCAUGUGAUCUUGUAACUUUCAUGUGAUUCAAGUCUAUUAUCAGCUAAUGCAACGCAACAACCUGAAGAUAAACUACUGCCCUUCUGGGUUCUAGCUUUUAUAGAAUUCGGAACUUCUCAUGCAA